AUGUCCUCGCCUACAGACUGUAGCUGGCCCGACGACUCCCUCACUGAGGACGUCACAGCGUACAUACCAGACAUCAACAAGGAUGAACCAGUCCCUCAUCUCGACUAUGUCCCUCCCAUCCCAGCUGCAAGGUUCAAAGCCUUCUCGGAGCCUUGGCCGGGCGAUAACCCCACGAGCUCUCAAAGAACAGAGUAUGUCAACGCCUGUCUCGCUUGGGCACGGCACGACGACCCAGUAUUGCAAGUUGCAGUACGAAUCCAAGCUCGGGCGAGUAUUAUUACGGCUCUCCCGAUGAUUAAAGCAAAGGAUUGGACAGAGGCGGAGACUGAGCACUUGCUUUAUCUCAUCGACGAAGAAUAUUGGCGUCUCUGGCUUGAAGGCGUUGAUCCCAAGCCUUUGUGGCCUUGGACACAUCCUGAGCCCGUAUUCGUUACCUUCAAUGAAAGCUCCCGCUGCUUCAUACAUCGUCCUCUCCAAAACCCCCCGAGAGCUCCGGAUAGCACACCAUCCGGGCUGCCAUCUUGUUACGAUUUACCCAGCAAGAAUAAUGGCGAUACUCACGAUGCAGCGAUAAAUGUCCCUUCGACAGAUCGUGGUCUUUCUCGAGCGCUGCAUUGGCUGGCCAGUUUUGGCCUAGGCUUGUGA